AUGAAUAUGAUGUAUGUAUUUUGGAUUCACGUAGCUUCACUGCUCUUGCUUCUUCAUACAUCCAAACAGACUGAUGUCGAACCAAAGCAUCCUAAGGAUUUAAAACAGAUCAUUUUUGAUCUGUAUGUUGAGAACUUAAAAGCAAAGAUUUCUUCAAUGAAAGAUCUGACGGAGGGUAUGUUUCGAACUAUCAGAUACUGCGACAGCGAAAUAAGAACUCUGAAAGAUGAAAUCAGAAAUUCAGUUCCAAAUGGAAUUGAGAAUAUUGAUCAUUAUAUCAGAUGUAGAACCAACUAUUGGACCGGGGACGCAGCCAUUUAUGCUUUGUCUCUUAUUCAGAAGAUAAAGAGAGAUAACAAAAAACAGUAUCCGUAUGUUUACUUGAAUUCACUGGAACUGGAUGCAUGUUUUAAGGAAAGUGUUGAACAUCAUGAAAAAAUGAUAACGGAUCACAGUGAAACAAUUUGUAAUGAGCUGAUACCGUACAAAACGAAAGAUAUAGAAGAAAUAGACCAGUUGAUUGUUUGGAAACACAAUGAAGUUGCAGAAGUGAAUGCCAAAUUCUUCAAGUAUAGACUUCUAUUACAAGCACUCAAAGUGAUAGAUGACCAUGGAAAGUAA